CAAAUAUCCAAGUGGGGGAUACUCGGCUUAAGCUAGUUAGACUUAACCGCAUAACCGCCACGCUAACGAGCAAUCUGUGAAUGAAGAGUGCGGUGUAGUUCAGUUUUGUACCGGUUUCGAACAAAUAGGUGUUUAUCAUCCAAAGAGAUUUCAACAGAUUUCGCCAUGGAUUUAAAUAGGAUUUGCCUUCUGGGCAUAUUUUUAUUUAUAUCCUCGGUAAAUUCGUUUCCACAAGUUGGCCAAGCGACUAGUUUGGUAACACCAUCAUCGGGAAAACCAGUGGAUAACAAUUCCAGUGAAGAACCAAAAGAGCAAGCAGUACCCGUGUUGCCAAAAAUCUACGAGAUGCGAGUGGACGCCAACGUUACGAACAGAUUUGCCAGAUGUCAAAUUACAAGCAAAGUCAAGAAUUUGGAUAAAAAAGCACAGGAAGCCACUUUCUCCAUUAUCAUCCCCGAACAAGCCUAUAUAUCCGGGUUCAUAAUGGAGAUUGACGGCAAGCAAUACGAGGCGUAUGUACAGGAGAAAGAGCAAGCCAAGGAGACUUAUAAAAAUGCUGUACAUAGUGGACAAGCUGCUGCUCAUGUGUCUGUCAGCGCAAGAGAUUCAAACAGAUUUACAGUAUCUGUAAAUGUAGAGCCGCAAAAGAAGGCGAUAUUUUAUUUAAAAUACGAAGAACUAUUGGCAAGACAAAACGAAAGAUAUGAACUAGUGAUUAAUAUUCAUCCAGGACAGCCUGUUAAACAAUUAGACGUCCAGGUAAACAUUGACGAAUCUCGCCCACUGAAGUUCGUCAAAGCUCCUGCUUUGAGAUCCGGAAACGAAAUCGGCAAAAACGACGACAAACUUAGUCCGAACGCUGAAAUCAAUCACAUAAACAAAACUGCAGCCGUCGUCAAAUUUAGUCCGGAUGUCGAGAAACAAAAGCAGUACGCUACCGAUUUGGGAACUAACGCAGAAAACGGACUUGCUGGACAGUUUAUUGUCCAGUAUGAUGUCGAAAGGGAUCCGCAAGGUGGUGAGGUUUUAGUCGAAGGCGGAUAUUUCGUUCAUUUCUUUUCCCCGAGCGAUCUAACAUCGCUGCCAAAGCAAGUCAUCUUCAUCCUAGAUACCAGUGGAAGUAUGGACGGUAUCAGGAUAACUCAACUGAAAGAGGCGAUGAAGAGCAUACUUUCGGAAUUGAAACCAAUUGAUGUAUUCAGUAUAGUUGAAUUUGGAUCAAAUGUUAAAGUUUGGAAUAUCGAGAAAUCGGCGGUACAGUACCGAUCUGGCUUUGACACUUGGGGAUUGAAUGAAGAGCAAGCGGAAGAGGCCAAACAUCUAACCGAACAACCGAUACCAGCUCCAUACACAGCUUCAGAAGAAAAUAUAAAAAAAGCCGAAGGUGUUGUAGACCAACUAAAAGCGUACGGUGGCACUGAUAUCGACUCAGCUCUCAAAACUGGACUUCAAAUUGUUAAGAAAAACCAUGAAGAUAAGAAACACCAACCCAUUAUAGUAUUCCUAACCGAUGGAGAAGCAACUGUCGGUAUAACGGACACUGACAAAAUCACUAGAACAGUUUCGGAAUUAAACACCGGGAAAACCCCGAUUUUCUCGUUGUCAUUCGGCGACGGUGCUGAUAGGGAAUUUUUGCAGAAAAUUUCGUUGAAGAACCAGGGAUUUGCCAGGCACAUUUACGAAGCCGCCGAUGCUUCGCUACAGCUACAGGAGUUCUAUAAGCAGAUCUCUUCGCCGUUGUUAUCCAAUGUUACGUUCAAAUAUGCUUCUAAUGUUACUGAACUUACUAGGACCGAGUUUCCAAUUUUGUUCCACGGACGGGAACUGGUAGUUUCUGGACAAAUAAUUGAUCCAGGUUUCUCGCCUUCAUCAGUCGAAGGCUGGAGCAUCAAUGGACCAGUCAAACUGACACCGGUUAUUCAGAACUCUGUCGGUAAUUUAGAAAGAGUCUGGGCUUACCUUUCUUUAAAACAACUGUUGGAAAAAAGGGACGCUGCCGAUGAUAAGGAAGCUAAAGAAGGACUUACGCAGGAGGCGUUGAGGAUAGCAUUGAAAUAUUCUUUCGUUAGUGAUGUAACGUCUUUGGUUGUGGUUAAACCUAACCAAACGGACGCUGUUGAUACUGAAGAUGGUUCUCACAAUGAUAGACGGUACCCUAUAAUUGCUUCAGGAUUCCCUCUGUCAGCGAUAGCGUCAUCGAAAAAGGGCAAGCCACAAAUCUUGUCAGCAGCAGCCAGUGGUUACUAUUCAGCUCCAAUAGCACCUCUUAGUCCAGGAAGCAGCGGAGGAGGGUAUGGAGGUAAUGGAGGAGCCUUCGGUUGGGGAGUGAUGGAAUCCAUAGAGGAGGAUGACACAUACGGUGACCGUAUCGUAGGUGGUAAUUCUGGUAGUAAACUGUUUAUACGUCCAUCGACAACUUAUCCAUCAACUUCAGCGACGGCUUCAGCGGUUGCUCCAGUUGAACCUCAACCCGUACCAAUACCGCAAUCUGAAUUGGAACGUUUGAAGGAGAAGUUGCCUUGGUUGGCAACCAUUUUAAGCGAUGAUGGAACUAUUAAAAUUUCUGCAGGAAAAUUCAACUUGGGUCUAAAUGAAACAAUCUCUACUCAACCAGAAUGUCCCAAAUCUCCAUCCAACGCCCCAGGAACAUGCACGCUCAUAAACAAAUGUCCUCAAAUUUUCACCCAAUUGACUGAUCUUCAUGUUUACGAAAAGUAUUUUUGUGAUAUACAAGGAUUUGCUGGUGUUUGCUGUCCUAAAUAAACUUAAAAUAAUAUUACAAUAACCUGUAAGAUUUAGCUUAGUGUAUUAGUUGUACUUAUUUUUAUAUUCAAAUAGCAAAAUAUGAAAAUAAAUAAUUAAAAAGAG